CUGCACCCCCAGGUCUCACGAGAAUGGCUUCAUGGAAGACCUGGACAAGACGUGGGUGCGGUACCAGGAAUGUGACUCGCGCAGCAACGCCCCUGCCACCCUCACCUUCGAGAACAUGGCAGGGGUCUUCAUGCUGGUGGCCGGGGGCAUCGUGGCCGGGAUCUUCCUGAUCAUCAUUGAGAUCGCCUACAAGCGCCACAAGGACGCACGCCGGAAGCAGAUGCAGCUGGCCUUUGCCGCGGUGAACGUGUGGCGGAAGAACCUGCAGGAUAGAAAGAGUGGUAGAGCAGAGCCCGACCCUAAAAAGAAAGCCACAUUUAGGGCUAUCACCUCCACCCUGGCCUCCAGCUUCAAGAGACGUAGGUCCUCCAAAGACACG